UGUUGCCGAACGGACAAUCAUUGUCAAUGGAUGGCAGCGCUGUGCAAGAAAAUGAAGCUGUUCAAUACUGUUACAAUUCUGGCAAUGUAUCUUGCAUCAAAGAAACCCGAUCAACAUCGGUAUCUGUGAUUCUUUAUGUUCUUGCGGCUGUCGCGGUGAUGCUAACAUUUUGUGGAAAUUUGGUGGUGAUUAUCUCCAUUUCUCAUUUCAAACAGCUGCACACACCAACCAACAUACUGGUGCUGUCGCUGGCCACAGCAGACUUCCUGGUGGGAGUUCUUAUUAUGCCUUUUAUGGUUAUUCAAUCAAUAGAAACAUGUUGGUAUUUUGGCAAUGAAUUUUGUGUUAUUUAUUCCGUUUUUCUUUGUCUGUUAACGGAAACUUCUAUUAUAAAUUUGGUGAUAAUAGCUGUUGAUCGUUACAUAGCAAUUUGUAACCCUUUAUUGUAUUCGUCUAAAGUUACGGUUCGCGUUGCUUCGGUGUGUGUGGCGAUUGUUUGGGUCCUAAAUUUCUCCUAUGGGUGUGGAAUUAUUUUCUGUGGAGGUAACACAGAGGGUGUAAUUGGAAUAGAUCCUUGUCCAGGUGAUUGCUUGCUUGUGCUCAGUUCAUCUUGGGGCACAGCAGAUCUCGUGCUUUCCUUUAUUUUACCAGUUUCAAUAAUGGUAACCCUCUAUUCUAAAAUUUUCAUCGUUGCGAGGCGGCACGCAAGAGCGAUUUCAUCGCAGCAAAGUACUUUAGUAGACCGCGCUAAACUAUCAAAAAAAUCUGAAAGGAAAGCUGCGAAAACUCUGGGAAUUGUUGUGGCUGUUUUUAUUCUCUGUUGGCUUCCGUUCUAUACGUGCACCUUGCUAAAUCAGUUUAUCGAUUUUUCUAUACCUUCUGUUGUGUCUUGCGCAUUUCUUUGGCUUGCAUACAUCAACUCUUCCCUCAAUCCAAUUAUAUAUGCUUUAUUUUACCCAUGGUUUCAAAGGUCAUUAAAACUUAUGAUAACCUUUAAGAUUUGUAAUUCUGGAUCAUCAAUAUUUAAACUGCUUCCUGAAAACUGA